AUGAAGUUUAUACCUAAAGUGUUAUUACUAUCAUUAACAAUUAUACUGUUGCAAUCAAGCAUCAUAUUCGCACGACAAUAUGAGAAUUCAAAUCAUAUCAAGACGGGUACUUUUUAUAGUGAGCAAUUUGUAUUGGAACCAGGAAAGGUUACGAUAACAGAUUUAUUCGAUAUUGAGUUUCCAAGAGGACACAUCGGAAUAAAGAAUUUUCAAGCCGAGUUAGUUGAUGAACAUCGGAAUUCUUUGCCAUUAUAUGAAGCUUACCUGCACCAUUAUUUCGUUUUAAGAUAUUUUGAAAAUGUCACCAUGUCACGUCAAGCUAAUCAAAGUCAGCCCAUAUACGGUAAGUAUUUUAGAAGAAACGAUGGAGUAUGCCAGGGUAGUGUUAAUUCAUAUUCCUGGGGGCUUGGAGUUGAUGCACGAAAAACUAGCUUAGAACUACCAGAUCCAUUUAGAAUAGAAGUAGGUACGCACCCUGAGAAUGUCCCAAAGGAGUAUAAUGAAGAGAAAUGGUUAUUCAAUAUCAUGGUUAUUGACACACGUGGUACAGAAGACAAAAAAGGUUGCACCGAAUGCAGAUGUGACCAUUAUAAUGUCAAAAGUGAAGACUUUGUAAGCAAAACCGGUAUUGAUGGGAAACCAAUGUCUAUAACAUGGGUUGAUUGGGAUCAAUACCAAGUACCUAUUAAGUUUUACAUACUUGAUGUUACUGACCAAGUGACAUAUAAUGGCUCCGAACCAAUUCAUAAUUGUAUGGUAGAGUAUUCUAUCACUCCGCAAAAUACUGAUAUUGGACAUUAUCAUAUUAAAAGGACAAAGAUCCCAAUGAAAAAGGGUGGUAAUCUAAUUUACUCUACAGCUCACGUGCAUCCAGGAAUCGUUAAUGCAACUUUAUAUGGGGAGAAUGGAAAGGUAUUAUGUGCGGUUCAACCAACAUACGGCACAGGAGAAGAGCCAGGAAAUGAAAAAGGCUAUGUUGUUGGAAUGUCUGGAAAGGUUACGAUAACAGAUUUAUUCGAUAUUGAGUUUCCAAGAGGACACAUCGGAAUCAAGAAUUUUCAAGCCGAGUUAGUUGAUGAACAUCGAAAUUCUUUGCCAUUAUAUGAAGCUUACCUGCACCAUUAUUUUGUUUUAAGAUAUUUUGAAAAUGUCACCAUGUCACGUCAAGCUAAUCAAAGUCAGCCCAUAUACGGUAAGUAUUUUAGAAGAAACGAUGGAGUAUGCCAGGGUAGUGUUAAUUCAUAUUCCUGGGGGCUUGGAGUUGAUGCACGAAAAACUAGCUUAGAACUACCAGAUCCAUUUAGAAUAGAAGUAGGUACGCACCCUGAGAAUGUCCCAAAGGAGUAUAAUGAAGAGAAAUGGUUAUUCAAUAUCAUGGUUAUUGAUACACGUGGUACAGAAGACAAAAAAGGUUGCACCGAAUGCAGAUGUGACUAUUAUAAUGUCAAAAGUGAAGACUUUGUAAGCAAAACCGGUAUUGAUGGGAAACCAAUGUCUAGUGAUUAUAAAGGAGGAAUUUUUUGUUGUGAAAAGACUUCUCAAUGCAAAUUACAACAAGGAUAUAAUAACAGACAACAGAGAAAAGCUUCCCUUAAAUAUACAGUAACAUGGGUUGAUUGGGAUCAAUACCAAGUACCUAUUAAGUUUUACAUACUUGAUGUUACUGAUCAAGUGACAUAUAAUGGCUCCGAACCAAUUCAUAAUUGUAUGGUAGAGUAUUCUAUCACUCCGCAAAAUACUGAUAUUGAACAUUAUCAUAUUAAAAGGACAAAGAUCCCAAUGAAAAAGGGUGGUAAUCUAAUUUACUCUACAGCUCACGUGCAUCCAGGAAUCGUUAAUGCAACUUUAUAUGGGGAGGAGAAGAGCCAGGAAAUGAAAAAGGCUAUGUUGUUGGAAUGUCUGGUUGUUAUCCAAAACCAGGCUCUAUCAAGAUUCAGGAUGGCGAAAUAUUAA